AUGCCGGAACAUAUUCCGCACACAAAUUGCAACCAGCAAGGAGUCGAUUCCAGAAUCCAGAUUCCUGACCAGUCCGCAUCCCGCUUCCCAGGAUUGCAAUAUUAUAAUUCAAAUUUAUGCAGCCACGAAGGAACCCUUUUCACACGCACUUUCUUAUCGACAGCGGGUGAUUGGGUGGAAUUGGGUGGGGAAUAUCCUUCGGUGGCAGGACAUUCACUUUCUGGCAAAUGGAAAACGAGAAGACUGGCGGCGGAAACGGAAAUGAAGCCAAACGGAACAAGAAAAACAAAUUUACAAAAUGAAAAUGCCACACACACAAGGGGGGAAGUGGGGGUUUCUGGGUGGAAAACCAGCAUCCCCACGGUAUUCGUUUGGCGAUUUGCCUGUCACAGGGUUCGCAGAAUACAAGACCCCCAACCUUCCCCCUACCAAAACUCCUUCCAAAUGCUCCUAACUCACCAAAUAUCGUUGCUGUCGCCGUGGCUGCCACUUGUUUUAUUUAUUGCUUUUUUAACCCUUUUUUUUGGGACGCCGCCGCUUGUUUUUCUCGAUUUCCCCCAGUCCUGGCCCAAAUGA